UCCUGCCUGUUUGUUGAUGUAAAGUUGUAGUUACAGUCGAGAAAGUCUGAAUCAUAUCCUCUCUUUCUUUUAGCAAUCCUUGAUCAAGGACACUUUAUAUUAUUUUUGAGAGGCUUCUGUUUGUGUUCAAUCAUUCAAAAUGGGGAAACGACAACAUCAGAAGGACAAGAUGUACCUAACUUACACAGAGUGGAGUACUCUGUAUGGAGGGAAGAAAGCUGACAAUCCCAACUCGGAUGAGGCUAAUUUCAGACGGCUUCCAUUCGACCAUUGCUGCGUCAGCCUUGUACCCUGGGAGAACCCUUACUGUGAUGAGAAUGGCAACGUGUUUGAGCUUCAAUCUAUCUUAGAUUAUUACAAAAAAUAUAAGAAGAAUCCUAUCACUGGAGAGGCACUAGAUGUUAAAAAGCUGACCAAGCUUAAUUUUUCGAAGAAUGCUGAAGGAGAAUACCACUGUCCUGUGCUAUUCAAAACAUUCUCCAACAGUUCUCACAUUGUUGCAAUCAGCACCACUGGCAAUGUCUUUUCACAUGAGGCUGUUGAACAAUUGAACUUCAAAACUAAAAAUUAUAAAGAUUUGCUCACUGACCAAAACUUUGUCAGGAAGGAUGUACUAACUAUCCAGGAUCCACAAAAUGUUGAUAAGUUUAAUUUAUCCAAGUUUUAUCACAUUAAAAACAGUCACCGUUUGGUAGAGGAUGACGAUGAUCCAACUGCACGUUUGAAGAAUGUGAACAAAGAGACACAACUAGUCUUAGAUACCCUGCAAAAGGAGUACAAAGCACCAGAGAAGAAAGAUGUCAUACAAGAAAAGGCUGACAAAUUUAAUGCUGCACAUUACUCUACUGGUGCUGUUGCUGCUGGAUUCACAUCUACAGUCAUGGCCCCUGAAACUAAAGCAGAGGCAGCUAUUGUCGAAGAGGAUCUGGUGCGCUAUGAGAGGGUCAAAAAGAAAUCUUAUGUUCGCCUGUAUACAAAUGUUGGGGUUCUUAAUUUAGAACUGCACUCUGAUUUGGUUCCUAAAACCUGUGAGAAUUUUUUGAAACAUUGCCAGAAUGGAUACUAUAAUGGAACAAAGUUUCAUCGCUCAAUCCGAAAUUUCAUGAUACAAGGUGGUGACCCAACAGGAACUGGGACAGGGGGACAGUCAAUCUGGGGCAAACCAUUCAAAGAUGAAUUCAAACCUAACUUGACUCAUACAGGAAGGGGAGUCUUAUCAAUGGCCAACUCUGGUUCAGACACCAACAAAGCUCAGUUUUUCAUCACUUAUAGGUCCUGCCGACAUCUAGAUAGUAAGCACACGGUUUUCGGCAAAGUGGUUGGAGGCCUUGAUACUCUUACAGCGAUGGAACAAAUAGAAGUGGACAACAAAGAUCGACCUAUAGAAGACAUAGUCAUUGAAAGAGCAAGCGUUUUUGUUGACCCAUACCAGGAGGCAGAUGAUCAACUUGCAGCAGAACGAGCUGAGGAAAUGAAGAAAAUUGCAGAGGAAAAGGCAGCGUUAAACCGGGCUGCUCCAAAGAAGGAUGCUGCAUUGAAAGUUUAUCGGUCAGGUGUAGGGAAAUAUAUUCCAAAGCUCGAUAACAUUAAGCCGGAGAAAUCUGACAAAAUUUCUGAACCAGCUCCCAAAAAGAAGAAAGUUGCAGGAUAUGAAUUUGGCAGCUUCAGUAAUUGGUAGUCUAUUGGAUAUUUUAAUCAUGGUCACCUUAUUUACAACUAUUUUUAUCUUGUACUUAUGCUGUGAAAUACAAAUUUCUAUAAUAUGUAA